AUGACACUAGCUGUGUACACCCUCAUCUUACAAGCUGCACAACGAAUUGCCACCAUAGACAAGUUUCCUUCCCUAAUGUGUGCUCUCCGGCCCAUCCACCUACUCUUGACCAUUGUUCUUUCAACCGCUAUGGUUACCUUCUACCUCCUACACCGUCCUAGAACUGUUUAUCUUGUCGACUACGCUUGCUACACUACUAGAGAGAUCCGUCGAAGCCCAAAGGCCAGCUUCCUCGAGCAUAUGCACAUCUCGACGUCCUUCAGUGAUUCCACCAUUAACUUCAUCGAGCGAGUGCUCGAGCUCUCCGGCAUGGGUGAAGAGACAUGGGUAACAUCCGCAUUUGCCUAUAUCGAGCCAUACUGCAGUCUAGAUGACGGUCGUGCCGAUGCGGAGCUUGUCAUCUUCUCGACAAUUGAUGACCUAUUGGCCAAGACAGGCAUCAACCUCGAUGUGAUCGAUGUCCUAAUCACCAACUCCAGUACCUUUUGCCCAGUGCCAUCUAAUGCCGAUAGGAUCAUGAACAGGUACAGGCUGCGAGGUGACAUCCGUGUCAUCAACCUCUCUGGAAUGGGGUGCAGUGCUGGAGUGACUGCUGUGGGGCUCGCACAAAACAUCUUACAGGACCUUCCUUCGGGAUCGCAUGCGCUGGUGGUGUCGACGGAGAGCCUUGGUCAAAACUACUACACAGGAAACAGGCGUUCCAUGCAGUUGGUGAACAUCUUGUUUCGAAUGGGUGGCAGCGCCAUGUUGUUAUCGACUUGUAAGCUCAAGGCUCGGUUCAAGCUCGCACAUGUCGAGCGGACGAUCUUCAAUGAGGAUGAUGGUGCUUACCGAUGCGUUUACGAAGAAGAAGAUAGUGAGGGAAAUAGGGGGUUCGCUCUAUCUAAGGACCUGAUGGCCAUCGCCAGAGACGCGCUCAAGGCAAACAUCACCGCAAUAGCACCGCUUGUCCUACCGACCUCAGAGCUGAUCAAAUAUAUUCUCUUCUACGUGGCAACGAAGGUGCUUCAUGGGAAGAAGAUCAAGCCAUAUGUCCCCGACUUCACCAUGGCGUUUGAGCACUUCUGCAUACACGUUGGUGGACCGGCGGUGAUCAGCUCGGUACAGCUUGGCCUGGGUCUAACUGACGAGCAUGUUGAGCCAUCGCGUAUGACACUGCAUCGGUUUGGGAACCAAUCGAGUGCAUCUGUGUGGUACGAGUUGGCAUACAUCGAGGCUAAGGGCCGAAUGCAAAAGGGUGACAGAGUGUGGAUGAUCGGGUUCGGAGCUGGGUACAAGUGCAACACUGCGGUGUGGGUAUGCACCCGACCAUCCGUUGAUGCCAAUGGGCCAUGGGCCAGCUGCAUCCACCGCUACCCGGUGAAUGUCUAA